AUGGCUAAAGGCGAUCUUCUUCUGCAACCUUCCUCCUUGUCGAAACAGAGAAGGCAGAGCAAGACCAAAAAGAUGAUGAAGUCAAUGAAGAGAAUGAAAAGAACCCAGAAACAACACUCUGAGAUACUGAAUCAACUGAUUCAGGAGCAACAAAACCUCAACACCCUGAUUGGGUCUCUGCUGGAUUCCUCCGGUUCCGGGUCAGAGGACGAUUACAUUGAGUUGUCGCCGGUUUUCUCAGAUUCGAUGCCGGAAGAAGAUAAUGAUUUCGGGUCGUCGGACGAUGAAUCAGAGCCGACUUCUUCGCUGGUGGACAAUGGUUUCGGUUCAUAUGAUGUUGUUGGACAUAGAGCCGGGCUUGUGUACACAUUGGAACGGAUUGAAGAGAGAUUCAUCAAGAUGGGAAUUAAGGUUGUGAAGGGCUACAACGCGAACCAGGGCACCCACUUCAAAUUCCAGAAGCUCAGGAGUGUUGCCUCCUCCACUUAUGAUUCCCAUGGUGUCCGAUAUUAUUCUCUCUUCUUCGAAGCCAGGGAUUCUGAUGCGGCGCAGAUAUUUCGGGCUGAGAUUGGUGAUUACGGCUGUGGAGAAGGACACAAGGAAAAAGAGUUAGUGAGACAUUGGUUUGUGGCUACUCUUGGAUUUGAUCUUAAUGUGAGACACCUUGUGGAAGAAAUUGAAGUGAAGGAUCAAAUCCUUAACUUUCAAUUGGAUUUCAGAUUUCUGAAGUUGUUUUCCGAGUUAAAUGUAAACUGUGCCGGGGGAACUGACCAAGAUGCCUGCUUGGAUUCUGUUAGGAUCGACAUGGAAGCUCUGUUGGAUGUAGAAGAAAAAUCAUACCAAGAAUGGGAAGCUUUUCCUGGUGACGCGCUUCAAAAGCUUGAGAGUCUGAAGUCGAAGAUAACCAGUUUGCGAGGAUUUGUGGGAUGGCUCACUGAGGUUCGAGAAAUUCUUGGACUUGAUUCUUUGGAAUUUGAGGGAUUUUGUGAAUUUGAAGGAUGA